AUGGCCAACUCUAGUGUCGUCCCACGGACGGCUCCUAUUGCCAUUGCCCCCAAACCCUCCAACUUCAAUCCUAGAAGCCGCCACGGCACACCUGGAAUAAACGACGUGUAUGCAGGUGGCAUGAACGGCAAUGAUUCUGGAGAUUCGGAUACUCCCUCAAGUGGGAGUUUCCUCUGUGCUUUUUGCAUGCGUCGCAAGAUCAAGUGUGUGAUGAGCGAGGACGACGAUAGCUCAUGCGUCUCGUGUCAGGCCAAUGGCGUCGAAUGCUCGCUGAACCAGAGUCCCCAGCCGCUGAAAAGGAAGCUGGCACGCGACUUCGUUGAUGAUAGCGGACGCGGAUCCCCUGGUCGGCAUGAUAACAGAAGACUGCGGCAAGAGGCGUUCAGUCUUUCUAGCACCGCUGCCAGCAGUUCUCUGAUCGAAGAUAUGGCUAAUUUCGGGGGGCCUGCUUUACUAAAAAGAACUCUCGGACUUCAAAAUGAUCGGUUCAGUCAGUAUAUCGGACCGACGACAGACUUCGAGCCGUCGUUGAUCAACCUCUCACCAUUUGACCCUCAAGAUGAAAGUCUGCUUGCCAGAGGGACUCUUCGAAAGGUCAGUGAUCAGGAUACGUUUCUACUGCUGCCAGACAGCACAGCUCCACACUAUGAUCGCCAGAUCGAGGACGUCGAUGAGAUCGAGAGGCUUGUCUCUCCAAACGGUCGCAACCUGAUCGACCUGUACUUCGACGUUGUCCACCCUUCUUUCCCUAUCAUCCAGAAGGAGGUCUUUCUCGAAAAGUAUGAGCGGUCGUAUCGUGAAUUCUCGCCGCCUUUGCUUGCUGCUGUUUAUCUCCUAGCAAUCAACUGGUGGGAUCAAUCUGAGGAUCUCUCAUCGCAGCCGCGUCCAAACGUGAAAGAAUUGGAAAGACUGAUGAGGUCUUCCCUUGCUGAUGCUAUGUGGAGACCAAAACUUUCCACCGUCCAAGCCGGCCUACUACUCUCGCAGCGGCCAGAAGGAGACCAAUGGGCGCCAACGGCUCAGCUGGUAGCCAUCGCACAGGAGCUCGGUCUUCACCUCGACUGCAGCCAUUGGAAGAUCCCACUUUGGGAGAAGGGACUGAGAAAGAGACUUGCCUGGGCCUUGUACAUGCAGGACAAAUGGGGGGCGCUCGUCCAUGGGCGUCCAUCCCAUAUCUUCGGGUCUAACUGGAUAGUGCAGCCUCUACUUCCUGGGGAUUUCCCGGAGGCCGACUACGACGAGGAGGACGCUGAAGAGAGGCUGGAAAUCGAGCGCGGCAGGACGUUGUUUGUUCAGAUGGUACAAUUGUCGCAGAUCCUCGCCGAAAUCCUUGAUACAUUCUAUACCCUCCAGGCUAUGCAGAACGUCACCAAUGCUGGAGCCCAAGGCAUCCACCUUGUGCUGUCGCUAGCAAAGCCGAUACAGUUGAAGCUGAAGGAAUGGUAUUCGUCCAUACCUGCGGUCAUCCGAAUGGAUUCAUCCCUGUCGGCCAUGUCAUCCGCGCGGCUUUCGAGUAUCGGACACAUACACUUGGCAUAUUUCGCCACCGAAAUCACGUUGCACCGCCGGAUAAUUCGCUCACUUGCGGCCGACGAGCAAGCGGUAGACUUCUACCUUCUGCAGAUCUGCAGGAGUGCGGCAAAGGCAAGGCUGAUCUCUGCAAUGGACUUUGUCAAUAGGUUGACACCGAACCACCUUCGAGCGUUCUGGUACUUCGCAUCGAAGACGAACUUUGCGCUGAUCGGCACCUUCGGCUCCCUCCUGUGGGCCACGUCGCCGGGCCGCGAAGAAGCGGACUGGUACCAGCGCAGGCUCGCGGAGUACCGCUGGACUCUGAGCGUCAGUAGCAAGCCCGGCGAGGGCAAGGGCUUGACCAUGUUCGCCAUGGGCAUGCUCGACAUCUCGACGGGUCUGCUCAAGAAGCUCCCCGAAAAGCCCGAGCUCAGCCGCAGCGGCAGCACCGUCGAGAUGGACGCCGGCCGGAGGCAGAGCUUGCUGUCGAUGAGCAUGUCGGGCAUGCGCAUGGAGUUCCAGAGCGGCAUGGCCAGCGGCGACGUCAGCGGUGCCGUGAGCCCCGGCAGCCAGAGCGACGACAGCAGCGACGAGAUGUACGAGACCUUUGCCCCGACCAGCGGCAUGGCCUCGAUGCGGGACUGA